AUGGUUGCAAUUUCAAAAGUACUCAACAGUGGUUUAUUAUUAGCUGGUCAAAGUGUUUUCCAAGAUGUGGCUACCCCACAACAAGGAUCAGUUCAAUCAUAUAAUAUUCUUAACUUCCCUGGUGGUUCAGCUCCCUAUAUUCAAAGACAAGGUUAUGGUAUUUCAACUGAUAUUCCACAAGGUUGUAAAAUUCAACAAGUUCAAUUGCUUUCAAGACAUGGAGAAAGAUAUCCAAGUAAUUCAGUUGGUAGAAAUUUAGAAUCAAUUUAUAAAAAAAUUCAAGAUUAUUCUGAAAAUUCUACAUUUCUGGGAGAUUUAGCAUUCUUAAAUGAUGGUUAUGAAUAUUUUGUACCUGAUUCCGACUUAUAUGAAAAAGAAACAAGUCCAAAGAAUUCAGAAGGUACUUAUGCUGGUACUUCCAAUGCAUUAAGACAUGGUGCUGCAUUUAGAGCUAAAUAUGGUUCAUUGUACGAGAUUAAUUCCACUUUACCUGUUUUUUCAUCUAAUUCUGGUAGAUGUUAUGAAACUUCAAGAUAUUUUGCUAGAGGAUUCUUAGGUGAUGAUUUUGAAGAAGGUGAAACUGUUAAAUUUAGUAUUCUCGAUGAAGAUGAAGAAUCUGGUCUUAAUACUUUAACUCCAAGACAUAGUUGUCCAAAUUAUGAUUCACUGGCUAACAAUGAUAUUGUCAGAGAAUAUAAUACUUCAUAUUUAAAUGAUAUUGCCGAUAGAUUAGAAGAUCAAAAUCCUGGUUUCCAAUUAACCACCUCUGAAGUUAACUAUCUUUUUGAAUGGUGUUCCUAUGAAAUCAAUGUUCGUGGAUCAAGUCCAUUCUGUAAUCUUUUCACCAAUGAAGAAUAUAUUAGAAGAAGUUACUAUACUGAUUUAUCCAACUAUUAUAGCAAUGGUGCUGGUAACAAUUUUACAAGAAUAGCUGGUAGUCCAAUGUUGAAUGCUUCUUUGGCUCUUUUAAAGGAUACUGAAAACGAUAACCAAAUCUGGUUGUCAUUCACACAUGAUACUGAUUUAGAAGUUUUUCAUUCUGCCUUGGGGUUAUUAGAACCAGCUGAGGAUUUACCAACUGAUUAUAUCCCAUUCCCAAAUCCAUAUGUUCAUUCAUCUAUUGUUCCACAAGGUGCUAGAAUUUAUACUGAAAAAUACCAAUGUGAAGAUGAUGAAUCAUACGUGAGAUACAUUAUCAAUGAUGCUGUUGUUCCUAUUCCUAAAUGUGCCACUGGUCCUGGGUUUUCAUGUAAAUUAGACGACUUUGAAGAUUACGUCAAUGACAGAAUUGGUGAUAUUGAUUUUGUUGAGCAAUGUGGUGUCAAUAGUAGUUAUCCAUCUGAAUUGACCUUCUAUUGGGAUUACCAAAACACUACCUAUGAUGCUCCAUUGGGUAACUUUUAG